AAUUUAACUGAAGCAAUAAGCGAUAUUUUCUUUGAAUAUCUUCUAGUGUCCAGCAGCUCCAACCCAAAUCUAUCUCCAACAGAAGUUCUUAGUAAGGAAGCCACUGUUGCCCUUUUUGUUGUGGGAGCAAUCCUGUUCCUCUGUAUCGUCCUUGGGUUCGCCUACGUUUGCUUUAUACGCCAUCAGCGGAAGCAGAUUGUGGAGUAUCGUAAUCAGUUUUUUCCAGUAUACACUGGAAAACACCAGGUAAAAUACCAUGUAAAACGAGCUUAAAAUGAAGCCACUACAUAACAACCAGUGCCUGCUUGGAUUCCAAUUGCAACCAUAGAUUGCUCCUCGUUUUAAAAUGACCCAUUAUUGACUUGGCGCGAUAAUGGGUUUUAUGAUGAGCCGGGGAAUUAUCUUAUCUUUCAGUGCAAGCUGCAGAGGUGGAUAGUCAAGAUAACGAUAGCUGGCUAGGCACCACACACAGAGCGGGCUAUAAAUUCGUGAGCUUCGCUAUCGCUCUCCCCUUUUUGUGCCAACGCCGAUCGUGAGCUGUUUAGCUUUUCAAUAGUGAACUUAUUUCUUUCUCCAACCCUCCUCCAUCCCCUUGGCUCCUCUGCUCUUUGUACUUUUUCACAUUUUUCACAUGGGCUAAUUUUCGCCCCAACUUAAUUCACUGAAUCAAAUAACUGUCAUGUUACACUAAGCGAUGAUUCUCGGUUAAUGUGACACUUUAGCACUUGUAAUUGGUUUGUAAUAACCGCCACUUGAGUGGCCAAAUUAUUCCAAAUAUGUGUCUCCUUCAUUCAGUGAAUCCUGGCCGCGUGCACGAACGCAAUUAUAAACAUUUCAGUCUACUGUCUAUAUAGUUGGUAUAACUGAGCCGCUCUCGGCAUAAAUAGAUUUAUACUCACGGAUAGUAAAGAUGGCUGACAUUUUGUCAUUUCAUUGCAGGCUACGAACCAGUCUGUUCCGCAAAAAUAGUCACCACUUUUUUUGUCGACUUACCGUGAGCGAGGUGCCGAGUUUCUUUGCGGAGUGGCCAUAAAUUUAAGUCUACUUUUCAAACCUAACCUGGCUUUUGUUUAUUCUUUGACUCGAUUCAAAAAGUGAUCCAUUACCCUGAAAUGGCCUUCUAAAUUCAGGUAAUACUCAUGAACCAAACAGUUUCCAGUUGGAGGGAAUGAACUUACCGUUGCUUAGACUAAAUAGGUCCCUACUGUAUACGUUAAGUAAUAAAAUAUUUCUUGACUGUUUUAGAUUGACCCUAAUCGUACACUGCUUGAACAAUGUAAUGAUCUGCCUUAUGACCCUGAUUUCGAGUUUCCUGAGGACAAGCUCAUUCUUGGGGAGUUCCUGGGAUCAGGGGCCUUCGGAAAAGUCAUUAAAGCAGAGGCUAUAGGAAUAAACAACUUUAGUCCCAGAGACAAAAGUCAAAAGAAAAGUCAGCGGUGGCCUAAAAUGUUUCGUAAGCACAGGGCUGGCCAUGAGUACCACGAUCCCAGAGGCAGUGCGUACACGAAGACCACCGUAGCUGUAAAGACUGUUAAAGGUAAAGUUUCAAGUCAAGAGAUCUCUAUUUCAACUUGUGUAACAUUUACCAUGGAGCAAGGAUGGCUGGUUACUUGUCGGGGUUGGUGGAGGGGGACAAAAAGGGAAUUUGGUUUAUAGUUACUGUAGCAGCUGAUAAUAUGCAGGGGAGGGGACGAGUUACCAGGUUACCUACGCGGUAAUGAUUUGGGAGACGGGGUAGGGUUGAUUUGGGAAUUUGUGCCUACCAGUGGAAAAAACUCCAGCCAUGCCCCUGGAUUCAGCAUGGGUGAGGUGGGCAAUUCGCAUAGGGCCUCUCUCAUGCAUGAGUACCGUUCGUGCUCAUUCCUAUUGCCGAGGUUUGUGCCCAGUUAAACUGAACUUUGCUUGUGACAUAGUCACAUGGACUCUACUAGACCCUGUAGAAACUGCACUUUUUUUAACUGACCGAGUACGAUAUUUUGGCACUUCAGGGGGAGCUACUAAAGAGGAAGUAAGAGACCUGGCAUCAGAGCUGAAAAUUCUAAUUUACGUUGGAGAACACAAAAACAUUGUAAACCUCCUUGGUGCUUGUAUCAAGCGAGAUCAUAUCCUUGUCAUUCUGGAAUAUGCACCACAUGGGAGUUUACAAAAGUUCUUACGAGGCAAGCGAGAUGUUUAUGAAGCAACCUGGACUACGACUGCGAGUGACCCAGAGAUAGGAUUGAAUAUAUCAAAUCUUGUAAGCUACUCUUACCAAAUAUCCCGUGGAAUGGAAUACCUGGCGUCUAAAAAGGUAAUGUAGUAAUGUUGUCCCGUUCAAGGAUUCUCACAUUUCUGAAGAAAAUUCAGUUCUAACAAGAGCUGUAGUGGCUCUUGGUUGUAAUAGACCUUUUUGGUUUAUGUUUUAUUUUCCCAUUUCACACCACGUGAUGUUCUCAAAGCAAUAUGCGUUUUGUCUUUUCAUAAAAUAUACAUAUAUAUGCUUGUGGAUGCACGAUCAAAGGACAACUUUUGAAAGGAAAGGUUCUCUGGGGUACCAUCAAGUGGCCUGAAAACGGAAGACAAAACAUACAAGCUAAAAGGGUCUAUUCUCCAGCACUUGCUUAUUUUCUCCGUUUGGCUUCAAGGACUUUUUGUCAUGAUUUAAAUCGUUCAUUCGACUUCAAAUCUGCGCCUAUUUGUUUGUUUUUCGCUUUUAACAGAGUAUGACUACUUGAACCGAGGCGCUUGAAAGAUUAUUAUCCAAUCAAAUCGUUUGAACUUACCGUUUUUUUUUUGGAAAACAAGAGAUUCUCUGUUAGUGUAAACGGACCAAAAAAAUUCAAUGUGCAACUAUGAAACUGUUGAUAACUUAAAAACCGUUUGAACUUACCUGACUUCUCAGGAAUUUAAGCUCUCAAAUUUCAUGAGAAUCUUUUGUUUUCAAAAACCGCCAUGAUUAUUAUGAUUUGUGUUUGGAUAAUCUAUUUCCAAAAGCCCAGCUUCGAGGAUUCGCACUGUAAGAGUUUAUUAUGAGUAAUAAGUGGUAAAAAGUAAAGUAACUCAGAGAGAGGAGGCCUCAGUAGCUAAAACCUCGCGCAAAGGAUUAGAAAAAGCAACAUGCAGGAGAAAAGGUUACGGGAACUCAGAAGCGUGCGCAACAGCUGUGACAUUAAAUCAGCCAUGAACUGGGAGCGAAAGAAGCGAAGACGUAAGUGUCUGUGGCGUUGGUUUCUCACUGACAAUUCAGCGUUCGAGAGUAAGUGAAGAGCAUUGUUUAAUAAUGUUUAGUCUUUAUUUACUUUUACUUUCUGUAGCGUGUGCACUUCUCUGUUGGUAUAAAAAUUGUUUUUCUUGUUUUUCCUGUGAUUACUAUUAUUAUUAUUAUUACUUUUUUAAAAUAGCAAAAAUCUUUAUUAACAUAUGACCAAUUUACAUUCCUCUAUCAUAGACUAAAAUUUUGAUGAAAUAAAGAUAUUAAAACUAAGAUCAUAAAACACUAAUUUACAAGCUCACCCCAUUAUCGACUUUCUAAAAUUAGCGGACUUAUUAUUAUUAUUAUUAUUAUUAUUAUUAUUAUUAUUAUUAUUAUUAUUAUUAUUAUUAUUAUUAUUAUAUAAAAUUAUCUCCUUCUUGUUUCUGAUUUCUUGAUUUUGCAUUUCUUUUUUCAAAACAUAUCUGUUUUAUAUAGUGUGUUCACCGAGACUUGGCGGCCAGAAACGUUCUUGUUGGAGAAGACUACGUCAUGAAGAUCGCUGACUUUGGUCUCGCUCGAGAUAUUUACAAGAGUGAGUUAUAUGUGAGGACAAGCAAUGGUGUUUUGCCAAUGAAGUGGAUGGCAAUAGAAUCAUUGUUUUUCAGGGAGUACUCAGAGAAAAGUGAUGUGUAAGUACAAAUGACAUUUAAAAUAAAUGAAUGAAGGGAGAAUAUGAAAAUAUGCGGGGAUCGUACUCAAGGAUGACAACUUUAUAAUUAGUGGGUAACUAGGCGUUCAAAUUAAAAAGAAGCUGGCCUUUAGAUUACUGCAUUUAAGUUAAACUUGCCAUAACAUAGUUUAGUAGGCGCUCUCCGAUUGGCUGAGAAGUAUGUUUGCAUGCGAGUAACACAGUUAAACGCAACCACGCAACCAUGGUUUGAAAAACUGGACAAGUUUACUUUAUUAACCCAUAACUUAGAGGCAUGGAACUUGAAAAAUCUUUAAAAAUAUGCUAUAUCAAAGUUUUUACGCUCAAGACGGCAUUUUAAGGGAGAACAAUCCGUCCUUUAAAAUAUCUCCUCUUUUAACAAAUAAAAGAAGCCUUGACUGUGCUGUACGUUGUAAAGCACGCACGACUGGCAGCGGCUUAAACACGAAAGAAGUGCAGGGGGGAACACGAGAUGUAGUCGAGUGUUUCUCUCUACUUCUUGAGUAGUACAACAGAAUAGAGCUCAGUCAAGACUUCUUUAUUUGUUUUAUGAAUAUAAAGAAUCCGUUAAAUUCCCCACACAUUCCUUUUUAAUUUUCAAAACAAUCUUUAUUAUUUUUUUAAAAGCAAAAGAGUGUCGUCAGCAUGUUUUAUACUCUCAUAAAUGCAAAACAAAAACGUACUGAUUACGCGUACAAAACUUCGUGUAGAUACAACACUUCGCGACUAGCAAGAACUGCUCUUUUCAUCAGCGCCAUAAACAAAGAGCUAGGUAGCAACUUUUUCUCGGGGAAAGUUGCCGCUAUAAAAGCACCUUAGCAGAAAACUGUUUUUCUGUGGUUUGCAAUUUGUACGAAUUCUCUUAAAUUCUCCUAACACCCGAAUCUCGUGUUUAUAUCAGGGCACGUAAACACAGCAGAUAACGUUUUCCGUUUUUUAUAAAUAGUACUCGAAGGAAAAAGAAUACUACUGAUAACGAUUCUUGAAUGUAGCGCUUCAUAUGCAAGCCAUGUAAAUUUUGAUUCCAAUAAUUCCCUUGUAGUGGAGUUAAUAGCAGCUUACCAUCUGUUUCCUCGAGUCCACAGUUUAGCUUAAACAGCUUACAGAGCUUUAUUGACGCCCUUUUGGUUUGGAAUGACCCAGGCUGUGAUGACCCUUCGAGUGUGUAUGUUUUGAACCUUGACAUUUUAUAAUGCAGAUGGUCGUUUGGUAUUUGCUUGUGGGAGAUCUUUACACUUGGCGGCACACCGUAUCCCACUAUACCCGUAGAAGAGCUCCUAGACUUUCUCAAUGAUGGAAACCGUAUGGAAAAUCCCCGAGACUGCCCUUCGGAGAUCUACAAAAUUAUGCAAGAUUGCUGGCAGAAAGUACCCGACAAGCGACCUAAAUUUGAUCAAAUCAGCCAGUCGAUUGGUACAAUGCUUGAGCAACGCGCUUCCCAGGUGAGGCCUCUUUUCUACUGUUUUUGAGGGAAAGGAGGAACUAAGAGAACUUAUCCUCUCUCUUGUCAGAACUUAUUGUACACUAGGUCCUUCAAAGGAAAAAAUGAAGUUUAUCAAAAGGGUAUACUCUCUUGCAAUUGAGUGUAUAUAUCCUUUGUUCUGAUGGGGCGAGCGGGAAUUAAGCUUUGCAGGAAGAAUAUGAAGAGAUGACUUAUACUGUGUGCUCUUUAAAAAAUUACCAUAUUUGCAAUGCCAGUGGCGGAUUCAAAUCUCUAACUAAGUGGGGGACCUGCUCAUUUAGUCCCGUAGACUGCAGUUUGGCCUAUAAAGAAGGUGGAGCCCCGGGCGCCCGGGGGCCCUUGGCCCCUCCCGUAGAUCGGGCAAGGAAUGAUAAAACACGAUCUGCAUGCUGUUUUUUUUUUUUUUAGACUGACGCAAUGCAGGUGCUAAAGCUAUACAGAUUAUAAGAAUUUACGAUUCUAUAAGAUCAGAGAAUUUUGACUGCCAAUUUAAAGAAAGAUUAUGAGGGAUGGCAUCUUUUGCUGGUCAGGAGCCCAUAACGCAGAGUGAGCAACUUUCAUGCGCUUGUGUCACGACGUUUUCACGGACCAGUUUAUUUUUAGAACGGUUUUGGCGCGAAUUUUGAAUAUCUUUUAAAUUUCACAAACUAGUCAGCAAAACCUACAGACCUAAAAAUGGUAUUUUCUACCUUUUAAUAACGUUUAGGUUUCCGUUCUGAAAUCUUAUACUUCGAAUGCGCUCAUAGAUCUGAUAUGGUGGAGAUUUUAUUUUCGCGGGAAGAAGUGCCCCUUAAAAUUUGUCCAAAAAUAAACUGAUCCGUAAAAACGCCGUGACAUAGGCCUAGUAUGGAAGUUGCUCGCUCCGGGUUAUGGGCUCCUGGCUGAUAUGUUUAUUCUAAACUUUGUUAUUGGGCUUAUUUUUCACAACAGAGUGUCGAGACCGAGUACCUUCACUUAACAGAAGACAACAACCGUGGCAGAAAAGAUGACUACCUUGAUCCACAUGAUUCAGACCCCACUGUUCCUGUGACGAGAGUAGAUGUUUAUGACAGGUUAGUACUCUAGUUAGUUCAGCCACAAGCGAGUUGGGUUGUCCAUACCCGGUAUUCCGUACCCAUAAAGGAGCCAACAAGUCCCAGGCUAAAGAACUUCCCAAUAUUAGUUCGACAAUAAAUACGUUAUGUUAUGUUAAUUCAAUAACUGAUAGGUAGGACCAGUUCUGCUUAUGUACUAGCUUGGCCACUGAGGGAGCGCUUAUUCGGGGAAGAAAUAGGUGCUUCAAAGGAGUACUGAGGAGACAGUGUAUCGUUACUGAGAAACGUACAUGGUCAUGGUAAAGAACGAAAGGGACUCAGUUACAUCGUUACGUAAGAAAUAACAUUGCUUAACUCGUGGAUACAGAUGAUGGUCUUGCUAUGCACGGUAAAUUUAAAAUUGAGCCGAACGAGUGGCUAAUAAGAAACUGUUCAAAGGUAUACAAGCGUUCAGAGAAUGAGAGGAGAGAGGAGGUUCCCUUAUAACAUCACUUAAUAUAUUUAAGACAGUGUGCUGGAGGUGAUUGUUAUUCAAGGAGACUCUUAUUUUUCAGUUUGGCAGGCGAAUAUUUAGGGGAAGACGCUUACUCAACGUGAACGCCUUUUAUUUUUGACAUUUAAGGCGUAAUAGCGUAUAAAUCUCAGAGUGAGAAAAUCUAACUCCGUUCGCUGCGUACAAAUCAUGUUUCGAGUCCAUUGCGGUCGGCAUCAAGAUUUGAAAUAAUGAUAAUAAAAUAGAGCAUUGCGAUCUUGUCUCACAGAAUGAUCGGCUGGUCGUAAAAUGUUUUAGUGUGAUUCACGUUGCCUUCUAUAAUCGUGCGCAUAAUCUAAAAUGUAUGGUCAAUUUUACAGGAAUCUACUAUGGUUGACAGCGUUGUUUUCUUCUUAUAGGCGAUCAAGUGAAAAUAUUGCAAACAAUCCCUUGCCUCCAUUACCAGGUGACAUGGAAGAUCACUUCGAUCCGGAAUCAGAGGAGAGACGACAGAUGCUAAAACCAGAGAUUUACGGUGGCUCGUCGGGGAGUGAGGGCGACAUAGAAAUAGAAGAAUUCCAUGGUAAUGAGUUUGUCUAA